AUGGAUCUGGCUGCUGCGAUGUGGGGAGGAUACGGCCCCUUAGAUGCGAAUUCCUUCGAGGCAAGAUCGCUUGCACCACGAAGAGUCACUCCCCUCAUCAUCGAUCCUCUACCGGUGGAACACCGACGAGGUCUCAUAGGUGUUGCCAUUACCUCCAUUCUUUCAACGAUUUCUACGGGUGUCCUCUUUAUAGUAUUUACCUACCGCUUGAUCUAUUGGCGAAAAUACUACCCAACAUAUCUCGGCUAUAAUCAAUUCCUCAUCUUGAUUUACAACUUGCUAUUAGCGGAUUUUCAACAAGCGAUUGGGUUUUUCCUCUCAAUACACUGGGUCAUCACAGACCAAAUAUCUUACCGCUCACGUAUGUGCUUCGCGCAGGGGUGGCUACUCCAGAUCGGUGAUCCGGCCAGCGGACUUUUUGUUCUCUCAAUUGCUGUCCACACGUUUGCCAUGGUGCUUAUGGGGAGGAAGCUCUCUCAUCGUUGGUUCAUAACUUGCGUGUGUGGUGUUUGGGCUUUUGCUGUGACCAUAACACUUAUUCCUACAUUACGAUUUAGGAAUCAUACUUACGUUCCAUCUGGCGCAUGGUGUUGGAUUGAUGAAAAUUUCGACAACUAUAGACUGUGGACACAUUACCUGUGGAUCUUUGUUUCGGAGUUUGGAUCCGUCGUGCUGUAUGCGCUCCUAUUUUUCCACCUCCGCCACCAGGUUGCACAAUCCGCACUUCUAGGACGAGGACAAAAAGAGCAUCUCCGCCGCCUCCGAAGAGUAAUUGGGUACAUGGUUCUGUAUCCGAUUGCCUACAUUGUCUUAUCGCUGCCACUUGCAGCGGGCCGCAUGAUGACCGCCAGAGGGGGGAAACUAAGUGUCACUUACUUUUGCACUGCUGGCGCUGUUAUUGCCAGUUCUGGAUUCGUGGAUGUUGUAAUGUACACCCUAACGCGAAGAGCGCUCCUUCUCGACUCUGAUCUUUCCAACGGCGACCGCUUCUAUCAUUCUCAACGUGUUGGACAUAGCCACACCACAACUGUCACUACGGAGAAUAAACAGUCCCGCUUGGACAACAGCAUUCUUCACCGGCGGGAGGUGACGGAAACGGACACCCGGGUAGAUCGUGACGGGUCGACGGAUAAUAUUGUGCAACCUAUCGAGCUCAACGAACUGGGCAAAGUUUACCAGAAAACGACAAUUGAGAUCACGACGGAACCGGCUGAAGAUACCAGCACGUCGCCUGACAGCUCUGUGAAUGAGACGCGGAUGCCUCCGCCAUCCCGUACUUGGCACAGACGAUGA